CUCUCUCUCUCUCUCUCUCUCUCUCUCUUCUAUCUUCAUACACUUUAACCCACUGAAUCCAUCUCCUUUGUUUUGGCCUUAAGAGAGAACGAAGACCUAUGGAAGCACCUGAGCUUUGCCCACAAUACGCGCCGGAAAAGCGUCACUCAACGGAUAAUAACUUCAUCGUGGAGGACCUCCUCGACUUUUCCAACGACGACGACGACGCAGUCAAUGCCGACGGUGCUUUCGACACGGCCACUGGAAACUCCAUUGAUUCUUCCACGCUCACCGUCGUCGACAGCUGCAAUUCGUCCUCGUUUUCUGGGGGCGACCCCAAUUUUGUGGGCGAUAUGGGGUGCCGGAAUUUCGGCGACGGACAUUUUUCCAGCGACCUCUGCGUCCCGUACGACGAUUUAGCAGAGCUGGAAUGGCUAUCGAAUUUCGUGGAGGAGUCGUUCUCCAGCGAGGACCUGCAGAAGCUGCAGCUGAUAUCCGGCAUGAAAGCCCGGACCGACGAAGCCUCCGAAACGAGCCGGGAGCCCAACCGAAACACCCCGAUAUUCCACCCCGAAAUGUCGGUCCCAGCAAAGGCACGAAGCAAGCGCUCCCGUGCCGCCCCAUGCAACUGGAAUUCCCGCCUCCUCGUGCUCUCUCAAAACACGUCCGACGCCGACGUCGUCAUCUCGGGACAUCCCAACUCGGGAAAGAAGACCGUGAAAGACUUCCCGAAGAAGAAGGAGUACUGCUGCCCGGACGGCCUCGCCGGAGAAGGGCGGAAAUGCCUGCAUUGCGCCACGGACAAGACGCCCCAGUGGCGGACUGGGCCCCUGGGCCCGAAAACGCUUUGCAAUGCGUGCGGGGUCCGGUACAAGUCGGGGCGGUUAGUGCCGGAGUAUCGGCCUGCGGCGAGCCCAACUUUUAUGCUGACAAAGCACUCCAACUCACAUCGGAAGGUGAUGGAGCUUCGGCGCCAGAAGGAAAUGGUGCGGACCCAGCAUCAGCAGCCGUUCAUUCACCAUCAGGAUAUGGUGUUCAACGUAUCCAACGGUGACGAUUAUUUGAUUCACCAACACGUGGGCCCCGACUUCAGGCAGCUGAUCUAGCGCGGUAGCUAGAGUUAGGAGAGUUUGAAUUUUUUUUUUUUUUGUAAUUUUCCUAGUUUUUCUAGGGGGUAAUUUUUCCUAACUUUAU